AUGACAAAGAACACAGGGUCUGGAAUCUUACCCUUUUCUCCGCCACUGGGAGGCCCAUUAACGACUCCAGAGGUUCAGCAAGCUGAGGCCAAGGGCAAUGACGGGCGAGGUUCGCCUCCAAAAGGAGCUGUUAACUGCCGUUUCAUCACUCCAAAGGCCCCCACAUCACCAGCGGAGAUGAAAACAAAACAGGUGACGAAAAGCCGAAACACCGUCAAUCAUGAAAAGAAAGACACUUACAUGGGUGAAAUACCAAUUAAAACUAUAACUAUCCUUUUAGGGGGCAGGAAAAGACCCCAAGUCCAGCCUUCAAAAGACAUAAUGUCGAGUUCCCUCAGCGUGUGGCUGACUGUGGCUUUCACGGUGGAGAGAUUCAUAGCAGUGCAGUACCCUCUGCAAAGACCGACCGUUUGCACAGUCCACAGAGCCAAAACCAUCAUCCUGUCUCUCUCCUGCUUUAGCGCCACUGUCCAUGUCUACGUCUUCAUCACUGCCGGGUCAUCGUGCAUGGAAGAUGGAAGGUUUUCUCGGAGAUAUCGUCACCGGGAAGAUCCUUUGCAUCUGCAGGAGUUUGAUCGAGGGCCGCAAAAUGUUCUUCCGAAGAAUAAGAGACGGUUUCCCCAUCCACUCCCUCCCCCCCAAGCAGCCUGGAGGAGGGGCGGGGACCAGCAGCCACUCGAGCAGGUCGCCGUGUCCCAGCUCCGGCCGAAGCGUCAACAGGAUAGAAGAAGCAGCACCUCAGCGGCCCCUCCGCAGUCCUCUCGUCCUCCACCGCGAAAAACAACAACAACCGUCAAGAUGGCGUCGCCCUUCCUUCACACGUCUGCUGCGACAGUGAUUUUCUGCAAUACGAAAAACCCCCGAAGCAUCUUGUCGACGCGGACGCAAUACUCCAUCACCAAGAUGCUGCUUCUCAUCUCCUCCGUGUUCAUCUUGCUCAAUCUUCCAAGCCACGUCAUCAGAGUGCACGCCUUCAUCACCAGCCUCUGGGGCGGCGACGCCGGGAGCGAUGAGGUCACCAUGUGGAACCUCCAGCAGCUGUUCAUGCAGUUGCAGUACACGCACUUCAGCAUCAACUUCGUCUUCUACUCCACCUGCGGCGCCGCCUUCAGGAAGUGCCUGGUGCAGUUGUUGCCCCUGAGGCUGAGGACUUGCAGUUUUCGCAAGAGCACGAACUCUCAGAGAUACCAGUAGAGAGUAGAGAGA